CGGGGAGGUUUGGUUGGGCAGCCCCGCCCCGCUGACCCGGCUUCUCCCCCUGGCUCGCUCCUGCCCCGGCGUGCAGGGCCCCGCCGCCGCCAUGUCCGGCUCGUUCGAUCUCUCGGUGCAAGAUCUCAACGACCUGCUCUCGGACGGCAGCGGCUGCUACAGCCUCCCGAGCCAGCCCUGCAACGAGGUCGUCCCGAGGGUCUACGUGGGCAACGCGUCUGUGGCUCAGGACAUCUCCCAGCUGCAGAAAUUGGGCAUCACCCACGUCCUGAAUGCUGCCGAGGGCAGGUCCUUCAUGCACGUCAACACCAAUGCCAACUUUUACAAGGAUUCCGGCAUCAUCUACUUGGGCAUCAAGGCCAAUGAUACGCAGGAGUUCAACCUCAGCGCCUACUUUGAAAGGGCCGCGGACUUCAUUGACCAGGCCUUGGCGUACAAUAACGGCCGGGUGCUUGUCCACUGCCGUGAGGGGUACAGCCGCUCCCCAACGCUCGUCAUCGCCUACCUCAUGAUGCGGCAGAAGAUGGACGUCAAAUCUGCUCUCAGCAUCGUGAGGCAGAAUCGUGAGAUCGGCCCCAAUGACGGUUUCCUGGCCCAACUCUGCCAGCUCAAUGAUAGGCUAGUCAAGGAGGGGAAGGUGAAACUCUAGGGUGCCCACAGCCCCUUCUGCUGAGGUCUGACUGCCAUGCUUAGGACACACAGUGUACCCUGUUCCCAGUGUCACAAGGCACCUGCCCAUAUGUCUGUCCCGUUGUGGCCCGGGGCUGCUCCACCCUUAGGGAGCACAUGAAGAAGCUUGCUAAGGAGGCCAUUCUUGCUCCUUGGCUGUCCUUUCCUGUAGUCUAUGUCCUUUCUCUGAGGUGGGGGCUCAGGGAGGAAGCCUGUGGCAUAGACACGUCUCAGUGACCCAGGGCAGGAGGCCUGUGAGGGUGUAAGGCCCCAAGACGCUCACAGGCGCUCCUCAUGGCCCCCCUCCCCCACCUGGGUUCCCCCUGAGUGGUCUAGCAUGGUGACCCUGGUAAAGGAUCUAUGCAAACACAGGCUCUGCUCUGCCCACGUCUGUCAGUCACUGGUCCUCACAGCCCGCCACACCCUCUUAGGCAGAGGCAUGACAUGAGUUCCAAAGCAGGGUGGAGAUGGGUUAUUAGUAGCCGAAUUUCCACAAAGAGGCUGCGUUUUAAUUAUUUCCUUAGAAUUAAAGAUAUUAUAUGGGGGCCCUUGGUUAGGCAGAUCUGUUUUUCCCGGAGGGCUGUCCCGAUUCUUUGGGAUGUUUAGAGUAUGCCUCUUUGGGGAUCUUACGUUCCAUAUCUGCUGCUUUGGUGCCUUCUCUGUGGAUGGCUCUGUUCUUUUGCUUGUUAGAAGAGCGAUGCCUUGGGCAGGGUUUUAUUUCUCUUUUUUUAAAAUACAGGGUGUUGAGGUCCGGCCUAUUAAAAAAAAAACAACAACAAAAAACAAAAAAAACAAACCCACCAUUUGGAGAAUUGCAAGGGUUUUAUCCUGAAUUAUAGUGUGGGUGAGCCCAAGCGAUCAUACUAACUGCUUUUCAUCCUGGUUGCUAUUCUAAGACUGGAAGGAGGAAGUUGCCCAAUUAUAGCUCAUGUGCAUGGGUGUGUGCAUGGGUGUGAAGUGGUGGUGGGUGGGGGUGCUGUCCCCUCAGGGACAGAGGGGGAAUGAAGAGUCCCUGUGCUCACCCUGCCCAUUUAUGGGUGGUUCUGAUGGAGUGACUCUCUGGGCAGAAACGAGACUCGCUGUGUCAUGCCGGCCGAUCUCUCCUUUAUUGGAGAGAGAACAAACAAAGAAUGACCUUGUAAAGGACUUUGUAAGGAUGGUUUGGAAACAUGCUGGACCUUAUGUGUGUACACAUUUGCCAGAGAGUGAACACGGUCUUCUUGGGACUUGUUCUUGUUGCUCUGUGUGUAUCCCAGGGUCACACAGAGCAGAGGGGUGGCACUCAGCCACCACCCCAGCACCUAGCGCAUAGGCAUCUUUUAAAAGCCUAUUUCUAGGCGACCUGGAGCUGUGGGGCUGCCCAGUGUGUCUGGAGUGUUGUGUGUAUGGAGUGUUGUUGUCACGGGGCACCUGGGUCCCAGCAGCCUGUAUGCCUGCUUGUAGGAUGUCUUGCCGGAGUUUGCCAAGAAAUCUUACUUGGAGGGAGAGAAAUGUCAGGGAUUUUUGUUGAAUGUUUCAAAUUCAGCUUUAAAUGGGAACCUCGGCCGUGUUGACUGUGAAGGUGGGGAAUGUGCCUUUUUCAGAACUGCUGAGGAGUGUCUGGCAGGAGCCUGGAGAAGCAGGUGCAUUUUAGGCCCUGACUCCUGGAGUAAAGACCUCUGAUGACAGCAGGGGCAGAACUGUGCAGCCUGGAUGGUCAUUGUCCCCUAUCCUAUGUGACCACAGCAGCCCCGGACACAUGGAACCCGUCCUCUUCUUUCCAGAAUGAAGUGGCCACAGCCAAACUGUGUACCUCACUCCGUAGUUUUCAAGUGGCUUUCUUGCUUCAUCUGAUUGCACUUCAUGAUAACCCGGUAAAGCUGACAGAACUUACCUGUGUGUCGUCAUGAGAGA